AGUGUGUGCGCCAAUAAAAUUAUGAUUUAAUUCAAGGUUUACAAAUAUGCCCACUAUAUAGAACAUUCUGUCAGAAAACAAGUCUAAACCCAAUGUCUCUACCAUAUAUGGUUGAAAAGUUACCGACGAUUUACUCUUGAGAAUUUAACCCCACAACACCAAAUAUGGAGCACAUACAACCAAGUGCGGUGCAGUCUAAACUAGCAAUGGUCACAGCAAAUUAUCGUUAUUAUUUCAUCAACACUGUCAAGUACAAGUAUAUUAAUGUUAUAAUAUUGUAGAGAACAAGCUCAUGAUUAAUUCUAUGUCAUUUUUAAUGACAUCAGGCAAAGAAAAGGACGUUUGGACAUGAAUUUCGUAGCUCCCUCUUGAAUUGACCAUUUUUCUCUCAACAUUCAUCAGAGGCUUUUAUCCAAAGCGAGUUACAAUAAAACGUGCUGUCGUUUAUGUAUGGGUGGUGACGGGAAUCGAACCCACUACCCUGGCGUUGCAAGCGUCAUGCUCUAUCAACUGAACUACGAAGGAGCACGUCAAUAGAAUGUUGACAAGCAAUUUUAACAGAUUCUAAAUGGAAUCAUAUAAUUCCAAACUAAUUUCUAUGGCAACACAGUUGUCCAUUUUGUAAACAAUCAUUUUCGAACGUGUGUUGCCAAGAUACAUCUAACCGACGUUCUAUGGAACGUUUUCUGUGCGAAAACAACAACUUGUGUUUGCUGCUGACAACAAACUGGAUUGAUUUUUCAGACCUGAGAACAACUGAGAACAAUCGACUGGAAAAUGCCUGGGUGCUUUUCAAGACUGGCGGAGAGAGGUUCGUGAUCGUCGACAGAUGGACAGUGACAGCGACUUCGAAGAGGAAACAACUGUCCUGGAUGAGGUCCAGUUGGAUGUGCCAUUGGAUGAUGUGCCAGAUGUUCCACAGCUGCCAGUCCUCCUUGAUGUCCAGAAUGCUGCUAUCAUCCUUGAGGAUGUGCCAGAUGUGCAGACUAUCUUUGAGGAGGCCACUGGCAAUUGGCAGUUGAUUCUGAUUAGGUUCAGCCCCCUGUACUGUGGGCCUGUUGUGAUCAGGAACAAUGCCGGUCCGGUGGUUAAAGCUUGGAGAACUUUCCAGUUCAUCAGCCCCAUCAUCACCUACAUGCGUGGGGGAUCCCAGCAGGUGGUGGUGAGGAUGCACCACGUGAGUAGGGUGAGAGGCCUGGAGACUCAACUGGUGUGGGCCAUCUCCAAGGAGACAGCCAGGCUUAGUCCAGAGGGCAUCCCCUACUGUGCCACCAAAGUGCAGUCCAUCACUUGGAUCCAGCGUGUGGCUGACAGGGUGACCCACUAUGCGUCUCACCUCCGCCACGAGACGUCUGUGGACGUGACGCUUGGCUGCUACCAGCAGACUGAUGUCUCAGUGGUGUACACCACUCUCCACAUGGGGCUGGACGGGCUUCUCUCCUAUUCAGCGUGGUCGGAGGCUGCCUCCUUCUCUACGCCCACCACUCAGCACUUCACUGACCCAGAGCCUGAGGGCCACAACUGCUAUGAGAGCUGGGAGGAGGACCUGCUGCCUGAGGAGAGGGAGGUUCCUCUGCUAAACCUCUACCUUACCACCAAGAGAGUGGAGGACAUCGCCCUGAGGCUCAUCUCCCUGCGCCAGGCCUUCACUACCCUGCUUGGUUCCACCCUGAGCAGGAACCAUCUGUUUGUGGCGGGAAAGGUCCUCCUGGGCGCACUGGUUCAGGCCAACCACAUGGACGAGGCCAAGUUCAUAAGUACCUAUAACGACUUUGUGGACUACCUGAGUGACCCCUCCAAGCGGAAUGACAUUGAGAGGGAGCUGGCUGAGGCAAAGAUCCAUCAUAUGAACAUGAUAGAUGUCCUCUUUGAGCUGGUGCUGUUUGGGAUGAUGACAGCUCAGAAGUCCCUGAUGGUGCAUCCUGGUGGGUUCGUGGAGCGUCUGUACGCUCUCCUGUACUCCUUCCUGCCCACUGCUGCCAACAUGGAGCCAGAGGCUGACAGAUACCUGCUGCAGCUCAGUGUAAGAGUCUAGGUUACUUCCUGUUUACUUCCUUUUCACUUCCUUAUUCAUGGUUUACAGGGUUUCAAUGCCAUUUUAGGGGGAGUAUUUCUGAUUGUCUCUCUCCUCUUGAUAAGCUAGUAACUCAGAGCCAUUUUCUAUGUGUUGUGUGGUGUUCUCUUCAGGGCGGGCUGAUGGCUCUGCUAGAUGACAUGUUUGGCCAGCAGCUGGCCUGGUACUUUAACCCAGAGUCUCUGGUCACUGAGCUCUCCAGCCUCCUGGAGUACCACUUGGAGAACCUCAUGGCCAGCAUGUAGUCCUACUGCAGGGACCAUACUCCUUUCUCCUUCUCUCUCUCUUUUGAAGGAAUUGAAGACUUUAAGUGCUUUGUUGAACCCUGAUUA